CUGCAGCUACUCAGCCAGUUCCUGGACAAAUCGGAUGGCAGGGACAAACUGCUGGCAGCCGUGCAGUAUGCUGCCAUGUUUGUGGCGGCGGGCCAGCCGGGCGACGUGAAGAAGAUCCAGGCUUCGGUGGCCACAGCCCGCAAGGUCUUCCGCAUCAUGCGGGCGCUGAACCCCAUCCUGCAGAGCCCGGGCCUGGGCAGCAAGCCGCUGUGGGUGGAGGCGCUGAUCAAGCUCAAGCCGCUGCUCAUGAGCAUCUACUUUGGGGCUGACCACGUGGUGUGGGCGCAGCAGGCGGGCCUGAUGAGCAACAAGUCGCUGACGGACCGCGCGCAGAAGACGAGCCUGUACGGCUGGUUUGGCGGCAGCCUGUGCACCAUCGUGCUGGAGCUGUAUGAGCUGGCAGGUGGGCGAGGGGGGCGGGUGUGGAGGCCAGGUGGCCGUGUAUGCAGUUGCUGUUGCACCGGGAUGUGUGGGUGCGGUCGUCCCUGGUGGUCCCGGGCCGUCAAGGCGGUGGUUUCCACGUCGGCCCCUGCGCUGUGCCCUGCCCCGCAGGCGGCGCUGGCCAUGGGCCUGCUGGAGCUGCGCCCGUGGAAGCCGCGCACGGUGGGCGCGCUGGGCGUGAUUGCCAGCAUCAUGAACUGCUACAUGCUGUACCCGUCGCUGCCGGCGCCGCUGUUCUCGGGCUGGGGCCGCAGGCGCGCCGCCGCGGCGCUCAAGACGGCGUGA